AUGGAAAGGCGCAAGGCCGCCAGCAGCUGCUGGCGAGGCGAACCGUCCACAUCCUCGGCGGUUAUGCCUGUUAUUCCCCUUCCGCUUAUGUUGCUGGCGGCGUUUAUGAUGGCAACCUGUGCAACUGGCGAUGACGAUCUUCCUAACUUGGCUCUGCGUCAGGCAGUGUACGCAUCAUCAGUGUACCUGUGGGAUAACACUUACCUCUACCCAGGUUACGCGGUGGAUGGAGUCACCGAGUAUCCAAGUCCCCUCGAUGCAUCCACCUUAAGCUUAUUUCACUCGAACUACUCGGAUCCGACGCCUUGGAUUUCUGUUGACCUGGGUGCCGUGGCACUUGUGAAGCGGGUUGUCAUCAUCAACCGAUGUGAUUGCUGUCCGGAACGACUGCAGAAUGCAGAGCUGCGCAUUGGGAACGUCAGCAUUACUCGGGGGAUUAAUGCAGCAGGAGGGGGCGAUACAAUUGCAGGAAACCCCCUGGUCUGGCGACAAGAUGCCGAUGUAGGCAUGUGCGCUUCAAAGAUCAUCGCGUUUGACACGCCCAAGGUUGGACGAUGGGUCACGUUACAAAACAAGUACCCUCUUCUACAAGUCUCGGAGAUCCAAGUCUUUGGAUAUUACGCCGCCUCCGCAGUGUGCGCCAAUGUGCUGCCUGGUACGGGUUACGGCACAGAGGCCUCGACAAUUACAACUCUCACAAUGCAAUCGUCAAGGGACUGCUGCAGCGCAUGCUCCGUUAACUCAGACUGCCGUUACUGGGUAUUUCGGCAGAGCGACUACACCUGCACCCUCAAACGUGACGAGGGAGCAGGACCCGGCUUCUUCAUGGAUGCAAAAACUGUGGCGGGCGGAGUGCGACCUGUGGCCCUCUUGGGCACCCGUGGAUCGGCCCCCUGGUACUACAACUCCUUUGUUGAUCCAAGUGCGCAAUGGAUCUGGUCACGUGGCGGCGCAUCACAGUCGAUUCCUGGCGCCCCCACAAACCCCGCAACUACUUUUAGCUACGUCUACACGGCUGCAAGUGUGAUGACUGCCUACAUAUAUGUUGCUGCAGACGAUUACGUCUGGAUUUACAUAAACGGCUUGCAGACUGGUACCAGCAGGCUCACUAGGGGCUGGAGUGGCACUCGUAUUCCGCCAGUUUCAGUGACCCUGCAGAAGGGGCCCAACCUCAUUCAAGUGCGGGUCCAGAACAGUGCUGAUCGCACCACUGCGGGUGUCAUCAUGUCGCUACAAGACUCAAGUGGGCGGGUGCUGGCCCGUUCCAAUGCGUCCUGGGUAUGGUCCGAGAGAGCCAUCAGUAUUGCAGUGCUACUUAUAGUUCGUGCUACAAUAAUUCGGGAGGCACCACGAAUAUGUAGCACGUACAAAUUCUAA